UGUAAAGACAUUAAAUUUGCAAAAUGUUCUAGUGAACAAAAAUGCGUUUGUAAAUCAAAUUAUAUUGCUCUCGGUGAUGAUCGAUGUAUAGCGCUUAUAGAUGAAUAUUGUGAUUUAGAUGAAGAUUGUAUUUCCUAUAAUACUGUUUGUGUAAAUAAUAAGUGCCGAUGUCCAGAGAGAUUUACUAUGAGAACCAAAUACCGAUGUGAUCGUGUUUCACUUGGUGACGUCUGUCAGAGGGAUUAUGAUUGUGAGGUAGCAAUAAAAAAAUCCGUAUGUUCAAAAGAUAAAAUAUGCGUUUGUCGUCAAAAUUUUCAUGCAUUGAACGAAUUCGAAUGUGUAUCACCAUUACAUGAUUAUUGUUUGAACAAUGAUGAAUGCCGGUUUAAUUCUUCUAGCUGUGUUGAAAAUAAAUGCCAAUGCAAUAAUAAUUUUCGGUCUGUAUCAAGCAGUCAGUGCGUAUCAUUCGAUUUCUUGUAUAGUUGUAAUGAACAUUCAGAUUGUGGGGAUCCGUGGCACAAUAAAUGUUCUGCAGAUAAAAAAUGUGUUUGUAAUUCCAAUAAUAUUUCAAUAAACAAAUCAACAUGUUUGCCGCUCUUGAACGGUUAUUGUUGGAUCAAUCACCAAUGUGUCGUUAAAAAUUCAUUCUGUGACGAUUUCAAAUGUAAAUGCCAACGCGAUUUCACACCUGUUUCUAAUAAUUUAUGUAUUUCAGUUUGAUGUGGUAUUAUUCAUUUACGAUUACUCAUAGUCACUUAAAUAUUGACUUAUCCCUAUACUGCGAAUUUUCAAAUAAUUAUGAAUCGCCACAAUUACAUUACCACAUUCAUAUUAUUAUAUUUUAUGGACUCUUCAACUGCCGAAAACGUCAUAUUUAGAAUGUUUGUUCUUAAAAAAAG